UUCUUCCAUACUUAUAAACAGCAAUGAAUUUUAUCUUGGGAUAUUUUCCAAAUACAAGUUCGAUAUACUUAAUUGAAUUUAAGGAGUAAGAUUUAGUUAAUUAGGAGCUUAAGGGUGGGUAUUUUAAUUACUUAGACAGUUGCUAUUGUAAUGGAGUUUAGAAUGGUAUUGCAAUUAAUUUGGAACUCUAGUUUAGUAAGAAUAAGGAGCAAAUUAAUUCGAAUUUUGUGCAAAAUUAUAUAAUAGAUAAUUAGUGUUAGGAUAUUAUUUAAGACACCAAUAUUAUUGUUGUUAUUAUUUUCGUCACAAUUAAUGUUAAUUAUUAAUAGGUAAAAGUAGAUUCAAAGGAUAAUUAGUAAAAAGAAAGAGGAAGAUUUAAUAAUUAUAAGGUUAAUGCAGUAUAUUUAGAUGCAAUUUUUGCGAAUACUAAGGUAUUUCUUAAUGAUGGAAACAUUUAUAAUUAACAUUUCUAUUGCAUCUUCUAAAUUUGUAGAAAAUUAAAUGGGAAAAAUAAAAUAAUGACCAAAAAGUAUGCCUUAGCAACUUUUUUGAUUGUAAUAACUUUCUAAGUACUUAAUUUUAGAUUUUCAUCCAUUUAUUGCCAAGAAUUUUGUGGAUCAAUAACAUUAAUAUUUUGCCAUUAUAUUUUAGGCGAAGUACUUUUUAUGUUAUCAUUUGA